AUGGUCUCCCUCGCCCUCCUCCUCCUCGCCGCGUCCGCGCUCGCUACCCCCGUGCCCGACGCCGAGGCCGCGGACGCUGCCGCGCACGGUCCAUGCAAAUGGCCCAAGAUCGAGUGCUGCCCCGGCCUCUGCAUGCGUCCCGCGCGCUGCGCGCUCGUCCUCUGCGCCCCGCUGACCUCCGUCCCGACAAGCAGGCCGACAAUCACGCCGGCCCCGUGCGCACCCUGCCCCAAGGGCGCGUACUGCAUCCUCCCCCCGUGCCCGGGACCCACCAAGCCUCCGCCCGAGCCGACUGAGCCCGUCCCCGAGCCCACCAAGACACGCCCGACGCUCACGAUCGCGCCUACACGGCCGCCGUGCAAGAACACGUGUCCGCCAGGCAUGUUCUGCCCGGCGGUGUGUAUUCCGUGGGACGACUAG